AUGUGGGAACACCUCCGAAGUACUGCACUACGCCAAGCACCGAAAAGAGUGGAUCUCCUGAUAGGUCUGGAUGUACCACAAGUAUUAGUGCCGUUAGAAGUAAGGACCGGGAAAGACGGAGAACCGUUUGCAAAACUCACCCUUUUGGGCUGGACUAUAAAUGGACCGCUUGGAGUGGUGAGCCGUGAUUAUGCCGUGAGUAACCACUUUGUCAGAAAGGCAACAUUAAAUUCGGAGACAAAUCUGGAAAAACAAGUCAGGAACUUCUGGGAAUGCGACUCCGCCUACAGUAACGAUGAUCCUGUCGAAGACAAGAGAGUCCUGAUGCAGUGGUCAACGUCAAUUACUCAAGUGGACGGACACUACAAACUUCCCAUCCCGUUUCACCAGGAAGAACCGGAACUCCCAGAUAAUAAGAAGCUUGCCGAACAGCAAUUGGCGGGACUGAGAAAAUGCCUCCUAAAGAACCCAGGGCUCUCUCAGAGGUAUCAAGAAGAGAUGAGACUUCAAGUCGACGAAGGGCAUUCUGAGCGAGUCCCACGUCAAGAACUCAGUAAUGCAAAUCCAGUGGCUGCCGUACAACUACACCACUUAUACGAUGCCUCCCAACAAGCAUAUGGAGCUGUAUCGUAUCUUAUGACCAAGUGUGAAGAUGGAACCCACCAUAUCUCCUUCUUGUGUGGCAAGGCCAAGCAAGCCCCUCUGAAACAGCAGACCAUACCUCGACUCGAGCUCUGCGCGGCAGUACUGGCUGCCAAGGCACACAAACAACUACGACGAGAACUUGAAUUACAAGUAGACAGAGGACAACCCCAGAUCAGCCACCAGGCUGAUGGCACCAACCCAGAGUGGCCUCACUUUCUAAUCAAUUCACAACUACUUACCGUAAGAAAUUCCUCACUCAGCUUUUACGGAGCCAGUGUAAAUGUCACGGCGUUACCAUAUCGGCCAUAUUGGAGUGUGGAAGGAGACCAGCAACUUCAUGGUCCACCCGUUAGUAAAUACACAGGCAGUGACCCAAUGCUUUUGAGGACCAUCGGCCAGGCCCUCAACUUUACCUUCAAAGUUCUCCCCACUGAUUCUUGGGAAGAGGUCACAAGACUGGUAAUGGAGAGAGUCUCCUUUAUGGCCACUGUGUAUCAUAUAGUACUACCACAGCGACGACUACUGUAUGACUAUACAUAUCCCUACGAACUUGGAUCUACUGACUUCACAAUGGCCACACCUUCGCUCACCCCGAAGUGGCAAAGUCUCUACGAUCCUCUAGCAGGCGAGGUGUGGGCGUCAGUGCUUGGGGUCCUGCUUUUGGUACCUCUCCUACUGUUUAUUAUCACACGCCCAAAACACGGAGAAGAGUUUGAUAAGAAAAUAAGUUCGGGUGAAGCAGCACAUAUAGUUGUUGGAACUUUGCUGGAUCAGAGUGUCAACAAACAACACAUUGUGAGCAGCUCGAGCCGGGUGUUGGUGGCGGCUUGGUUGGUAUUCGCCUUCAUCGUGGGGACGGCUUACCGCGGCAACCUCACCGCCGCCCUCACACUGCCCAAGUACCCGCCCAGACCAGAGACUCUAGAGCAACUCGUCAGGGUUGCAGAUAAAGUUACCAUGCCACCUUACGGAGAGGUUUUCAGACAGUUCUUUAAGCAAUCAGAUUCCCAGGUGUUUCAAGCUCUUUCUGACCUUAUGGAAAUUAUACCUUCUGCCGCACUUGGACUACAUCAGGUAGCUGAGAAGAACGAGGCUUUUAUGGAUGGACGACGCUACCUGAAGCAGAUGAUCGCUGAUCACUUCACAAGGGUGGACGGCAGCACAGAACUGUACAUUGGAAGAGAGAACGUUUUACCGGGCCUUGGAGCGUGGCCGAUACCUCAUGACGCUCCCUACAAACCUCAGUUGGAUAAACUCAUGUUGUACGUCGUUGAGGCUGGAUUGUACGAAAAGUGGAUGGAAGAUAUACUGUUUAGAGCCAGGCAAGAAAGUCGCAGGAGACAGCAAGAGAAGCAAGACCAGGAAGUGGCCGCCGUGAAGGAGGAUUACGAUAAGAGGAAUCAAGCGCUCACAUUCGUCCACAUGCAAGGACCCUUCAUACUUCUCCUUCUGGGUCUCUCCUUAUCUUGUAUUACUAUUAUGAUAGAAUUGGGAAUAACACUGGUUAACAAAGGAACUUAGUAAAUCAAAUAUUUCCACAACUAUCACAACUUUGAGGGAACAUUCACUUUACUCUGUGCAUGUUUAAAUGCUUUAAUUUCAAGGACAUCGAUUACUAACAACGUUCAGGGUGACUCUUGAAACCAGCCAACGGAGGGGACGGACCGACUGACGGGGACAGCGACUGACCUGUGCGGCCGGAUCGUUAAACAGAACUCCACCGUUCAAAUACGUGCACACCCUCACGUAACGCCGCAAUAUAGAGAGGUCGGCCGGAUAGCUGUCUCGUUUUCGCUCCCUCUGCUCUCCCUCUCUCUCUCUCCACUAGUCUGUCUAUCUUUAUAGCAUCAUCAUCAUCAUAACCCCGCUUCCUAUAUCCUGGUAUAGGUGGGUUUAGCUCGGAAAGAAGAAGAAAGAUGUAGCUAUAGUAAGAUAGGCUAUCUACAGUAAAAGGGUGUCAUAAAGGGUCUGGCCACUUUCGUCCCUUCAUUGUUGAGGGAAGGACAGCUGGCAUUAUUUGAAUAUUCUUACUAACUUCUUGAAAUUCCUACGCUUAUUUCAGUGUAGUUUAUCUGUGCACUUGAGUUCACAGCUGCCUCUUCUGAAAUGUUUCCAUAUUAAUGUGUAUGUAUCUAAAAGUGGAAUAAAUACAGUAUAUCAUGA